GAGGGAGACAGGAAAUAGAUAAGAAAAAAAUGUUUUGCUUCGGCCUCGGCAAAGUAGUUUCCGUAUCUAACAUAAGAUAAAAUAACGAUUACCAAAAUAAGAAACCUGACUCUCUACACUUGAAAGUGCUGAAAUCCUACGGCUUUAAUCUGGGUCUAGCAAAGAAAUCAGAGCUAGCUCUGUCAGCUUGACGUUUCACACCCUGCAGCACAGUAACUGCAUCCCAGCUGCACGUCCCAGCAAUGAAGUUAUGUACGUGGGGCGUGCUUUAAUUUGGUUAUGCUUAGUGAUUUCAGAAGCCAGGCUUUAAAAUGGCGGCAUUCAUUAUACACCCAUGCUAAAACCUCACCCAACGCUCCGUCCGUUCUGCUUCUUGCUGCUUCCGCUUCUUACAAAUGGCAUACUGCAGCUGAGACCUGCUGGGGUUGCUUGAUCAGCUUGAAAGCAUAAGGUUGCUGAAACGUGCCUUUACCGAAGCCAACGCUGCUUGGAUUUCUAUCUAGUGCUGCCUCUCCUAUUUUUUUUUUUUGCUUUUGCCUUUUUUUUUUUUUUUUUUUAUUUUAUUUUUUUAUUUUGCCGUCACUUGCAGGUCAUACCCCAACGGCAAUCCAUUUAACCUGUUUUCACUUUAGCUCAAUACAGUUCUAACUUAACUUUUUCAAAAUAAAGAAUCAGUUAGAAGACUUGACUGUAACAUCCAUUAAGUGAAAAAAUACAGCACCACAACUAGAAACUUGCUGUCGGUUGGAACUGUUUCGUUUGGAGCACAGAAUUGUCUUAAGACUGCCAGUUUCAUCUCAGAGAUUCCACAACUGGCUGAAAGAUUGAAAACAAAAAACAAACAAAAAAAAGCAAAAAAAAAACAAGUAAUACUUUUGAUCUUUGACUUUUGCACUUUUCAGGAGCUGGCCUCUAAUUAGAUUUAUUUUUGUUUCCAAGUUCAGAUUAAAAGUCUAUUUUAUGAUUGGAUUUUAUUCUUUUAUUUUAUGUGGGUUUUUCUUUUUUUUUUUUGUCUUGACAAAUAGAUUGAACUUUGUAAAAAUAAACCGAAGUGCUGACAAUUUUUUUUUUUUUUUUAACCAAAGCUACAAGACAACAUUUUUGUCUAGUUAAGCUUGAAAUCCCAUGCUCCCUUAGUACCCUUUUCUAAAAGGUGGAAAGAUUAGUAUUAGAAAAGGAAAGUACCUCUAACCCAGGGGUUCUAUAAUAUGGCUGUUAACGUUUCCCUGGUACGUGACACAAAAUGGCUGACACUGGAAGUUUGUCGAGAGUUCCAGAGAGGCACUUGUUCAAGGUCUGACGCGGAGUGCAAAUUUGCUCACCCUUCUCGGAGUUGCCAUGUGGAAAACGGUCGAGUGAUUGCUUGCUUCGACUCCUUAAAGGGUCGGUGUACAAGAGAAAAUUGUAAAUAUCUACAUCCUCCCCCGCAUUUAAAAACUCAGUUAGAAAUCAAUGGAAGGAACAAUCUUAUACAGCAAAAGACAGCAGCGGCAAUGCUUGCACAGCAGAUGCAAUUCAUGCUCCCAGGCACACAGCUACAGCCAAUCACCACAUUCCCUGUGACACCAUCACUUGCUACCAGCCCUUCAAUGGCUUUUAGCCCAUACCUAAGUCAUGUAUCCCCAGGAAUGGGCUUAGUUCCUGCUGAGCUUCUACCAAAUACACCUGUCUUGGUUUCUGGUAACCCAGCUGUUACAGUACCUGGAGGCUCUGCUGGUCAGAAACUUGUGCGCACAGACAAACUAGAGGUAUGCAGAGAGUUCCAGAGGGGGAACUGUACCCGUGGUGAGAACGACUGUCGUUAUGCUCACCCAAUAGACAUUGCUAUGAUUGACACAAAUGAAAACACUGUAACUGUUUGCAUGGAUUACAUCAAAGGGAGAUGCUCUCGGGAGAAAUGCAAGUACUUUCAUCCCCCUGCACACUUGCAAGCCAAAAUAAAGGCAGCCCAGCACCAGGUGAACCAAACCGCAGCAGCUGCCAUGGCUCUGCAGCCUGGAGCACUUCAACCUUUACCAAAGAGGCCAGCACUUGAGAAAAGCAAUGGUGCCACGACGGUGUUUAACCCAAGUGUUUUCCACUACCAACAGGCUCUAGCAAAUAUGCAGUUACAACAACCUACAUUUAUCCCUACAGUAGACCAUGUUGAAAUUCUGAACAGCAGAAUAGUGGAGUACCAGAAUUUAUCCGUGGGGAGUUGUUCAUGGCCUUUCUGUAAAUAUCCCCUUUUGGCAUCCUCUACCAGCUCGACAGUAAGCCUGCUGCAGCCUACAUGUUAACCAAAAAAAAAAAUGAAAAAAAAUAAAAAAUAAAAAAACAGAAUCAUGGGAAUGUCUGAAUAUCGCACUAUGGGAAAAAGCAAACAUCGCUCUUUCAAAACAGUUAUAUAAGUAGGAUAUUAUAAUAGACUUUUGUAACACAUUUACUUUUAACACAUGUAAUCAUUUUAUGUGUACCAUAUUAAAUGUGUACACACAGUGAACUAUUGGUUUACUGUAUAUUAUUGAUGGAUAAAGUGUUAUCUUACUGUUUUGUUUACAUUGUAGUUAAUUCAUUUUUGCGUGUGCAUCAUUAUCAAGUAUAUUCAAGACAAUUUUUUCAUUGUGAUUAUUUCA